AUGUCUCGGGUUACCCGAAACACGGAAGUAAUAGCAAUUAAUUGUUCUUGGUGUAAACGUUCCUAUCACAAUAAACGUUCGUGUUUUUCAUUAGCUCGUUUUGAUGAUCGUUGUGAUAGAGGGAUUUUGAGAGAAUUAAUAUUACCACCAAAUUGGCUUUUAAGACUUUCUAAUCAACGUAGAAAUAAUAGAUUAAAUGAACAACAAACUUCUAAUAAUAUUGUAGCCAUUUCGUUAAAAAGGAAUAGAAAAAAGUAUCGCCCUUUUAUUGUCAAAUUUCUCGAACAACCAACAAACAAUGUUGGACCAAUUCCUUUAAUUGGUGGUACAAGAGAUGAGGCUAGUAACAGUCAACAGCCCCCAAUUCAACCUUUACUUGCUUUUGUUAAUCCAAAAAGCGGAGGAAAUAAAGGAGCUAAAGCUUUAAAUACACUUUGUUGGCUAUUAAAUCCUCGUCAAGUUUUUGAUAUAAAUACAAUGAAUGGCCCAAAAUAUGGAUUAGAAAUAUUUAGAAAAAUAACUAAUCAAAUGAGAAUUUUGGUGUGUGGAGGUGAUGGAACUGUUGGGUGGUUGUUAAGUACUUUAGAUCAGUUAAAUUGGAAUAUAUACCCUCCUAUUGCUAUUUUACCUCUUGGAACGGGAAAUGACCUUUCUAGAAGUAUGGGGUGGGGUGGAACAUUUAGUGAUGAGCCUUUAUCAGAAAUAUUACAAGCAAUACAAACAGAAACGAGUGUUACUUUUUUGGAUCGUUGGAGAUUAGAUGUAUUUCCUUUAUCUUCAACUAAUAAUUUACAACAAGAGCAACAACAAUCAACUAGCAAUAAUUUAAAUAGUCCAACAUUUUUAAAUGAAAAUAAUGAAAAUAAAGAGCAACAAUUAAAUAAUGAAUGCCAAACAACUUUACCUCUUUCUGUUAUGAAUAAUUAUUUUUCUAUUGGGGCAGAUGCACAUGUUGCUUUACAAUUUCAUCAUUCUAGAAGUGCUAAUCCACAAAUGCUUAAUUCUAGACUAAAAAAUCGUCUAGCUUAUGGAGGUCUCGGAACUAUUGAUCUCUUCAAAAGGGCUUGGAAAGAUUUGAGUGAAUAUAUAACUGUUGAAUGUGACGGGGUUGAUAUAACCCCAAAAAUUAGAGAAUUUAAAUUUCAUUGUAUUCUCUUUCACAAUAUUUCUUUUUAUGCGGGUGGGACUGUUCCUUGGGGGCAAGGAGGUGAUGGAGUGCAGGAAUCUUGUGGGGAAGUCUUUUCUCGUCCGAGUCCUUGUGAUGGAAAAAUUGAAGUUUUAGGCUUUACUACAGCAACUUUGGCAACAUUACAAAUGGGUGGCCGAGGUGAACGAAUAGCUCAAUGUUCAAAUGUCCGCAUAGAAACAAUUAAACCAAUUCCAAUGCAAGUAGAUGGAGAACCCUGCCUUCUCGGCCCUUCCCUCAUUCAUCUUUCAUUUCACAAUAAAGUUCCAAUGUUGAGACGUGAAAAGUUUGCUCGUCUUUCUGGUUCUGCUCCAACAAAUAAUAUUGUUUCAAUGAAUGCAAAUAGAAGAAGAAAAAAUAGCAAUCAAAAUAAUAAUAAUAUAGCUAUAAUUAAUAAUAAUUUAAUAUCUGAACAAAAUGAUGGGAAUGGAUUAAAUUUAAAAUCAAAUAAUAUUACUUCACCAAUUAUAAAUCAACAUAAAAAUUCUAAGGCAAGUUUAGCAGCCUAUCCAUUAAAUAAUACUCCACAAGCACCAUCCCCUCCCAACAACGUCUCUGUUUGUGUUCCUAUUGUUGUUGUUGGUCGUCACGAUUAUGAUACUUAUAGGGAUUCUGUUGAUAGACUUAAAGAUACUGGGUUUGAAUUGGGAACACUUGUUUUGGAGGCAGAAUUAGAACUUAGCCAAGUUCGCGAAAAAAUACAAAAAAUGCUUUCUCAACAUCAAAUACUUCCUUAUGAACCGGGAAAAGAUUGGAGAUUCCUUGAUUAUGUCUCAAGCCCAGAAGAAGGCACUUUUAGGAUUUCCAAUCAACAAGAACAUUGUAGAACAGUAGCAGAUGUUAGCAGUUUAGAUGAAACAAAUUCUGCCAUUUUAAUUCUCGAUGAUGCUUUCCCUUCAAUGACUGUAAGAUCUGCAGCUAUUGGACAUGAAUUGGUUUUUAAUCCAGCAGGCGGAAAGCAGGCAAAAACAUCAAACGAAAAGAAUAAUUUAAUGAGAAGAAGAAUUGGCGAGACAUUACGUAUUGUAUUAUCUACCGAUUCCCAAGAAACUCACCUCUAA